AUGGUACUUGAUUUAUUAUGUGCAGCUGGGAGUCAACAUAUUGUAGAAGAUGAAGAUGAACUAUUAACAGUAUACCAAAAUUCCAAUUAUAUUAAAGAUGUGGUGGGGUAUAUCGCUGGAUUUGUGGUGAGAUCCAUUUUGAAGCGUAUUCAGUGUGAAGUUUGUGCUAAAGAAAUAAAAUCACAUGAAACAAAUUCACUAUUACUGAAUAAAAAAAAUAGAGGUGGUCUUACAAUGGCCAAUGCUGAUGUAGUUAGUAUAUGUCAGGUUGCAGAACGUACAGUCAGAGAAUAUUCCAAAAAAUCUAACCACAUAAGUAUUGACUAUUUGGUAUUAAAAUCAAUAUCAAUGUUAUGUAUAGAUAACUUCAAAUGA